ACAGAUUAUUGUUUGUUGUGAAUAAGUAAUUGCAAAUGUUUUGUGGCCCAACAAGAUGAUGCAGUUUGAAUUGGAGCCUGAAAUUAAUAUCGUAGAAUACGGUCAGCAACAGCAGUCUUCGGAAACUGCAGAUGAAACUGCCACACAAGAUUGUAAUCAGCUGUCUCCGGGAACUUCUGGCACACAAGCUUUAGACCAGCAGCCGCAGACAUCAGAGGAGCGCAUAAUUGCCGUCAUUCGAGAAGAGAAUAAAUCGCUGCGCCGAGAGAUAGACACUCUAAAUGAGAGAGUAACAUGGCUCACCGAAGCAGUUGUCGGGCUGAAGGAGUUAUUGUCGAAAGGAAACCAGACCCAAGACUUUGAGCGCAGCGAUUUAAACUUUCCACUAAGGACUGAAUUUGAUCUUUCAUUUAUAGACAAGGAGAUUGGGGAGACACACACUUUCAAAAAUGAAUGCAUAAGUGAAAUGCAGCGUCUAUUCAGCUAUAAGUCGCUGUCCAAGACAUUGUCAAAUGUAAUGGCUGAAGAACUAAUUCUAGACUAUAACAUUGAUGGUGUAAGCAGAAAAAAGGGUCUGCGUAACUACGGGUUCUUCUUCACUGCUCUUAUAGAGGCAAUUCGACUUACGGACAGUUCCCAGUCACCGAUAAAGGCACUUCAAAAAGCAAUGCACUGCAUUAAGAAUAAUGCUUGCAAAAAGAAAUCGAGACUUGAUGAGUCCAAAAGUAAAAAGAAAAAGAUCACUGAACAGUGAAUGAAACUAAUAUCUUUAAAGUAGUUAUUAUAUAGGUGUAAAAAUAUGAAUAAUCACAUGAUUGCACUCAAUUUAUAUUUGAGUUCCGAUAUAUUUACUUGACCAACCCUCUCGAGUUUUCUGCCCUUUUUAAAGUGAUAAGUAGAGCUACGAAAGAAUAUUAAAUCAACAAGAAUAUAAA